AUGGGAGACAAUACGGAAGUAGUAGAGAUCCGCGAAGGAUUCUUCGGGGUUCUUUCCUUCCGACAGAUAUGGAUGAACAACACUGCAGUGAAAAAGGUAUAUCCUACAGCCUUUCUCCCUUUGAAACACUUGCACGUGGAUCUCGGAAUUCAGCAUAGUCGUCUGGAGAACUUUCCUUUCCGCAAUCUUCAUGAAUUCAAACAUCUGGAAAAACUCUGGCUCUGCAACAAUUUGUUGACAUCGGUCCCGCAAUUCAAAAGCGACAGCCUGGAAAUACUCAGUCUUCACACAAAUAAGAUCACGCGUGUGGAGUUCGACGGAUGGGCGACUCCCAAUUUGAGAGAAAUCCAUCUCUAUAACAAUUACUUGACCUCUGUCCCGACCUUCAAAUGCGACAGCCUGGAAAUACUCCAUCUUGAAGACAAUAAGAUCACGAGUGUGGAGUUCAACCGAUGGGCGACACCCAAAUUAAGAGAACUCCAUCUCGAUAACAAUUUCUUGACAUCUGUUCCCACCUUCAAGAGCGAUAGCCUAGAAAUACUCAGUCUUAGUGACAAUAAGAUCCAGAGUGUGGAGUUCGACAGAUGGGCGACUCCCAAAUUGAGAGAACUCCAGCUCAGCAACAAUUUAUUGACGUCAGUACCGGUCUUCAAGAGCGACAGCCUGGAAAUACUUAGUCUUCACACCAAUAAGAUCACGAGUGUUGAGUUCGACGCAUGGGCGACACCUAAAUUGAGAGAACUUUGGCUCUACAACAAUUUAUUGACCUAUGUCCCGGCCUUAAAGAGUCACAAAUUAGAAAUACUCAGCCUUUACAACAAUAAGAUUACAAGCGUGGAGUUGGACGGAUGGGAGACUCCCAAAUUGAGAGAACUCUAUCUGUAUAACAACUUCUUGACCUCAAUGCCGAACUUCAAGAGCGACAACCUAGAAAAACUCAGUCUUCACACGAAUCAGAUCAUGAAUUUCAAGUUCGACAACCGGCAUACUCCCAAAUUGAGAGAACUCCAGCUCAACAACAAUUUAUUGACGUCAGUACUGGUUUUCAAUAGCGACAGCUUAGAAGUGCUUAGUCUUCACACCAAUAACAUCACGAGUGUUGAGUUCGACGCAUGGGCGACACCUAAAUUGAGAGAACUUUGGCUCUACAACAAUUUCUUGACCUCUGUCCCGGCCUUAAAGAGUCUCAAAUUAGAAAUACUCAGCCUUUACAACAAUAAGAUUACAAACGUGGAGACCGACGGAUGGGCGACUCCCAAAUUGAGAGAACUCUAUCUGUAUAACAACUUUUUGACGUCUAUGCCGAUCUUCAAGAGCGACAACCUAGAAAAACUCAGUCUUCACACGAAUCAAAUCAUGGAUAUCAAGUUCGACAAACGAAUGACUCCUAAAUUAAAAAAACUCCAACUCAGCAAGAACUUGCUGACCACUGUCCCGGUCUUCAAUAGCGACAGCCUAGAAAUACUCCACCUUGAAGAUAAUAAUAUUACGAGAGUGGAGUUCGACGGUAGGACGACUCCCAAAUUGAGAGAACUCUGGCUCCACAACAAUUUGUUGAAUUCUGUCCCAGCCUUCCAAAGCGACGGUCUUGAAAUACUCAGUCUUAGAGACAAUAAGAUCACGAGUGUGGAGUUCGAGGGAUUGGCGACCCCCAAUUUGAAAGAUCUCUAUCUAGACAGCAAUUUGUUGACUUCUGUCCUGACCUUCAAGGGUGGGAGCCUAGAAAGGCUGGACCUGGAUAACAAACGGAUCACGAGUCUGGAGUUCGUUGGAUGGGCGAUUCCCAAAUUGAAAGAACUCCACCUCAACAACAACUCCUUGACUUCAGUACCGGACUUCAAGAGCGACAGCCUAGAAAUUCUCAGUCUUCACACCAAUAAGAUCACGAGUGUGGAGUUCAACAAAUGGGCGACUCCUGAAUUGAGAGAACUUUGGCUCUACAACAAUUUAUUGACCUAUGUUCCGGCCUUAAAGAGUCACAAAUUAGAAAUACUCAGCCUUUACAACAAUAAGAUCACUAGCGUGGAGGUCGACGGAUGGGAGACCCCCAAAUUGAGAGAACUCUAUCUGUAUAACAACUUCUUAACCUCUAUGCCGAUCUUCAAGAGCGACAACCUUGAAAAACUCAGUCUUCACACGAAUCAGAUCAUGGAUGUCAAGUUCAACAAACGACUGACUCCUAAAUUAAAAAAACUCCAACUCAGCAAGAACUUAUUGGCCACUGUCCCGGUCUUCAAUAGCGACAGCCUAGAAAUACUCCAUCUUGAAGACAAUAAGAUUAGGAGUGUGGAGUUGGAUGCAUGGCUAGCUCCAAAAUUGAAAGAACUUCAUCUCGACAACAAUUUCUUGACUUCUGUCCCGGCAUUCAAGAGCGUCAGCCUAGAAAUACUCAGUCUUGACAACAAUGAAAUCACGAGAAUUGAAUACGAUGGAUGGGCGACUCCGAUUUUGAGGGCUUUCAGCAUAGCAAACAAUCCCCUGUUGGAGCUCCCUUCUGCAGCAAUCAAGAGCAUGAAGAACCUGGAGAACUUCUAUUGUUCAGAGUCCAAUCUGGGUCCAACCCUUUCAAGAGGUGUCCUGGAAUUCCAAAGCAGGGCCUUGAAACUAGUAACGCUCUGGGGCAAUAAUAUCUCCGAACUGGAUGAAGGAGCCAUCACAGGUCUAGGACCUAAUACCGUGGUUCAAAUGACCAACAACAAAAUCACUGUAUUGUCUGAGAGCUUCCGCCCAAUGUUGGAAAUCCUCUCUACAGGAGAUGGAGUCCUAUACCUUGACGGCAAUCCUAUCCGAUGCGAUUGUGACAUGUCAUGGCUGGUUCUCAAUUGGGAAUUUCUUGAAAGCAUUUCUGGGAAGUGCCUGAAUGAAACCGAAUUCACGAAUUUGGAUUUAGAUGGCAUGAAAGACUGUGAUCCUCAAUUGAAGUUUCCAACACCCACAACUCAAGGGAGCGAGAGAGAGAAGGCGGACCCGUGCUUUCCGAAUCCUUGCGGGGCGCACGCGAAGUGCCGAGCCAGCGGUAGCCACCCCGUGUGCUCGUGCAUCUACUACGGGAACCCAGAGGCGAGCUGCUUCGAGGGCGAAUGCGUCGAGACCAACGACUGCGGCGACGAUCGAGUGUGCAAGGAUUUCUACUGCACGGAUCCGUGUCUGGGGGCGUGCGGGACGGGUGCCCAGUGCAUCGUCCGGAGACACGUCCCCGCCUGCACCUGCCCGGCCGGUCACACCGGUGAUCCCUUCGAGCGGUGUCGACGACUCGGCCCCGGUAACGUUUCCCCGCGUGCGUCCGUUUCCCGCGUUUCCCGGGCGUUCGCGAGACCGAUUUCGUUCGUGAAUCUCCAGAGGAGCUGUGCGAUCCGUCACCGUGCGGGAGAAACUCCAAGUGCGAGGUUGCGUUCCAUCUGGCCGUCUGCUCCUGCCUUCCCCAUUUCUUCGGCAACCCCCUUCAAGGGUGCAGGUGAGCCGUUUCGCCGUCUCCGGGAGGGGAAUCGAAGCGCGUUCGGAACGGACUCGCGCUCCCGCCGCGAGGCGACGCGUGGUCUGGUGAGGCCCGUGACCCGCGUCCACUGUUCCCGUCGCGACGGGAAGAUCCACCCCUUCUAUUUUAACCGAUGCGAUCUUCGGGGGAAGAGGUACGCGUUCUCGUCCGAUUCCGACGUUUCCGAACAGUGCGAGUCGGAUUCCGCCUGCGCACCGACACAAGAGUGUCGGCAGUACAAGUGCGUGAACCCUUGCACGGAUGCGUGCGGGAGGAACGCGGAGUGCGGCGUGGAACAUCACCGGGCCAUCUGUUCCUGCCCCAAAGAUUUCCUGGGAGACCCUCGAAUCCGAUGCUACGCGGAAUGUACGAUAGACGAGGAGUGCGCUCACCACCGGGCGUGCGUCCACUUCAGAUGCGAGGACCCGUGCGUGGGGGCGUGCGGGACGAACGCGGAAUGCCGCGUGGAGAACCACAAGCCCGUCUGCUCCUGCCCGAAAGGUUCCACGGGUCAUCCCUUUGAUCACUGCAAACCCUUAAAUCCAGGCGGAGCGAUCGGAUGCGGGCGACUCAGCGCCGUUCAGCAUGGAUCCUUUGCGGUCGAGUCUUGUGGCGGCCCGUCUCAAGAGAUUGCUGCAAGAGGCAAUGCAAGUUGCAUUCAAGGGGAAGCCUAUGCAACGUCGAGCGUCGUUAGAUACAGAUGCGAGAAAUAUUAUGAACUGCAGGGACCGGAAUUCAGAAGAUGUGAGGAGGAUGGGGAAUGGACCAGUCCCACCCCAUUUUGCAAGCCAGUAUGCGGAAAAAAGGCAAGUCAAAUUCAACUGUCAGCAGGAGGAAAUCCAUCAGAAAUCGGAGAAUGGCCGUGGCAAGCGGCCAUUUAUGACAUCAAGAUGGGAGAUGUUAUAUGUGGAGGGGCUCUCAUUAGGGAACAAUGGGUGAUAACAGCUGCCCAUUGCGUCGUCGUAGACGGUUCCAUCAGAAUUCGGCACUCUGAAGAAAUUUUUGUGUACCUUGGGAAACAUCACAGAUCUUAUAUCAAGAAAGACGAACACGUGCAGAUCAGACAAGUGUCUCACAUAAUCUUGCACAAGGACUUCAACGUAUAUAAUAACUACGACUCGGACAUUGCUAUAUUGAAACUAUCAAGACCUGCCGUGCUAACGGCGCGAGUUCAGUUGGUAUGUCUCCCGAACCGAUUUGAUUUCUCUGAGGCGAACCUCGACAGUGGAGCGCCAGGAUGGGUGGCCGGUUGGGGUUAUGACGGCUCGGAUAAACUCGCAGCCGUCCUGACGGAGGUUCAACUCCCCGUAAUAUCCAAUCUCAAGUGUGUUCGGGACACGCUUCGUUUCACGGGGGACCCCGGCGUCACUCGGACCCUCACCUCAAAUAUGUUCUGCGCCGGUUUUUCUGCAGAAACUCCUCUCGAAGAUUUUCGAACAGUGUGUCCUGGGGACUCGGGGAGUCCCAUGGUCUUCCUCUCCAAUUCAUCACGAGACAGCCACUGGACGAUGGAAGGGAUCGUGAGUCACUUUUUCCAAAAAGGUGCUUGCUCCAUGAGACGCCCUGGGCAGUAUGGAAUUUUCACCAAAGUUAACAGGUUCACCCAGUGGAUCAACAGGGUAAUAUAUAGUGGCUUCUGACGAAUCACAAUUGAUUCAACUCGAUGCAAAACCUGGACAACCGAAUGAAAAAAAGAAUUGUCGAAGAGUCUCCUGCAUUUUUUUCCAAUGCACACACGCACA